CGCACAUGUCGGCGCGUGACCCCGGCCCGCACGAGCCCGGCCGCCUCUGCCUCCUUCACAACACGAGCCUGAAGGAGGAGGAACUUUGCAAAUAGCUUUCUUGUUCUCUUCUAAUUGCCGUUUGAGAAUCAUGUCGGCUUUACAGACCCUUGUGGAAAUGGGCUUUUCCGAGAACAGCGCAAAAAAGGCGCUGGCUGUGACUGGAGGAGGUGGCGUAGAGCAGGCAAUGGAAUGGCUCUUAGCACACGCUGACGAUCCAGGCAUCAAUGACCCCCCUGCAGAGGAUGUAACAGGUGCCGCAUCUGGGCACAGUCUUGGUUCUCAAGAGAGUAGUGAAAAGAUGGAGACUAGUGAAACACCAGAAAAAAAGGAGGCUAGUGAUGCACCAGCAGAUAAAAGUGAAGAGGCAGGAGCAGCUUCUGCAGAUGGAGAAGCUUCUGCAGAUGGAGAAGCUUCUGCAGAUGGAGAAGCUUCUGCAGAUGGAGAAGCUUCUGCAGAUGGGGAAGCUGCUAAAUCUAUUAAAUGUGAUGACUGUGGUAAACUUUUCAAAACUUCUGAAGAAGUUGAGUUUCAUGCUGUUAAAUCUGGCCAUUCCAAUUUUUCGGAGUCAACUGAGGAGAAGAAACCACUAUCAGAGGAAGAGAGGGAGCUAAAGAAGCCGUCAGAUAAACUGUAUGCUUUUUCCCAAAAAAGGGAACUAGCAGAUAAGAUUAAGCAAAGGAGAAGGGAGAGAGAAGAGAUAGAGGAGAAGGAAGCAAGAGAGCGAGAGAGAAAGAGGAUCCAGAUGGGACAAGAAAUUGCCGAGAGAAAGCGCCUUAUGCAGGAGCAGGAAAUGAAGCGCAUUGCAGAUGAGCGCAGGAAAGAAAAGCUAGAGGAUAAAAUUGCUCGGCAAAAGAUUAAAGAGCAGAUUGAAGCAGACAAGAGAGCAAGAAAGGAAAUGUUUGCAAAUAAGGAAGUACCUGCUCAACCUCAGCCCCCAAAGCCUCAGCCAGUAGCGCAGCCAGCACAGAAAAAGGAAUACACGACAACAAGGUUGCAGAUCCGUCUGCCAUCUGGGGCACCACUUGUCCAAGAAUUUAAAGCCAAGGAAACACUGUCAGCUGUCCGCCUUUGGAUCAGCCUCAACCGAAAGGAUGGAGCACCCACAGAGGAGCCUUUCAACCUUUCUAUGUCAUUCCCAAGGAAGAAUUUCUCAGAUGAAGAUAUGGAUAAGCCUUUGGAUGUUUUAGGCCUGGUUCCAUCAGCUGUACUAAUGGUAUCAAAGUAGACAGGUCAUACAGUUUCCAUAUAGAAGCCAGGCUAACAGAUGUACUCCAUUGGUCAUUUUCAUUUUCAAUGUAACCAUCUGCUCAAGGUAUCCUUAAGAUUGCAUGUCUAUACAGUGCAUUUUUGAGGAUUUUCGCACACAAGUGAUGAUAGAAUAUGAUGAUAAAUUCACAGGAUAAUCAUAUUUGCUAUGUUUACACAACCAGUGUUUGAAUAAAGAUUUUAGUAAAUGCA